AUGACGCCCGACAAGGCUCACGCUGCACCUGCGCCAGCUGCUGCGGCGUCCGAGGCCGACAAGGACGCCGCCACCGUCGCCACGCAUUCAUUCAGCACGGUCCAGCAGCUCUGGGACUACCGGGUGCGCACCACGCCCGACGCGGCCGCCAUCGAGGUUCCGCGCUCACCCGCCGCCGCGACCCCGGAGCUGGACCCGGAGCAGUGCUUUGACAGCUACACGUUCCGCCAGAUCGACGACGUCGCCUCGCGCCUGUCGCGCGCCUACGCCGCCAGCAUCGCUCGCCGCGGGCUCGGCCAGGAGCCGAUCGUGGUCGGCUUCAUCGUCAACGCCAGCCUCGAUAUCCUUGUCGCUCAGAUCGCCAUCCUCAAGCUGGGCCAUGUCUCGGCCUUUUUCUCGCCCAACAGCUCCGCCGCCGCGCUCGCGCACCUCGUCAAAUCCACCGCGGCUCCCUUCCUCUUCCACGACGUGGACCAUGCCGCCGUCGCACACGAGGCGGCCGCUCAGUUGUGCGCUCGAGGAGGUGCAUCGCCUGUUGUGGGCCCGCAGAUUAACCUGGGCGCUCUGAAGUCGGCGGGAUCAGAGCCAAUCGACGGGCAUGGAGGUGCCGCCCCGAACGUCACGGUCGAUUCUGGCGACUGCCUCAUGAUUAUGCACUCGAGCGGAUCGACCGGCCUGCCGAAGCCGCUGCGUCUAAGCCAUGCCUCGCAGAUGGCGCUCUUCACCGCCGAACGCUUCCCGGACCUCUUCCACAUGCUGCCGCUGUUCCACCACUUUGGUCAGAUCUGCCUGUGGCGCUGCAUCGCGUCAGGGCGCAAGGCCACGCUGACCCACGGCAUCCUCAACGCCGCCGAGCUGACAGCCAUGAUGAAGGCAUCGUCGGCCCACGGCAGCGCCUGGUUCAUCGGCGUGCCGCUGCUGGUCAAGAUGCUCGCCGAGCAUGUCGACGCCGUGCGUGAGCUGGCCCGCUUCGACCGCGUCAUCCUCGGCGGCAGCGCCUGCCCCACUGAGAUCGGAGAGGCGCUCGUCGACCGCGGCGUCAGGCUCGUCGUCAUCUACGGUGCGAGCGAGUUUGGCUCGUUUGCCAACAGCGCGCGAGACUUUGAGCGCGAGCGGGACUGGGACUUUCUCCGCCUCUACCCGGCAGCGAUACCGUUCGCACGCUUCCAGCGGGUCAACGACGCGGUCCAGGCCGGGCAGGAGCCGCUGUACGAGCUGUGCAUCGAUGCCGGCUGGCCAGCCUUGGCCGACGUCGCGCUGCAGGAUGGCGUCUACCGCACCAAGGACCUCUUCUCACCGCACUCGAUCAAGCCGCACACCUGGCGCUACGUCGGGCGCCGCGACGACACGCUCGUCCACUUCAACGGCGAGAAGACCAACCCGCUGCCGAUCGAGUCCGUCAUCCGGUCUUCGCCCCUUGUCGCCGACUGCAUCGUCUUCGGCGCCGGCCGAGCUCUGGCCGGCGUGCUCAUCAUCCCCUCCGAAUCUGCCCUCGGCGAGGUGGGCGGCGACGGUGCCACUGGCGGAGAGGCGCGAAAACGUGCGCUCUGGCACGCCGUGCUCCCCGUCGUAGAGAGGGCGAAUCGUCAGGCACCCUCGCACUCGCGCAUCGUCCCUGAGAUGGUGCGCGUCCUGUCGCCGUGCAGCCGCUUCCCGCGCGCCGACAAGGGGUCGCUGAUCCGAGCGCAGACGGUCAUCGCAUACCGUGACGAGAUCGAGCGGGCCUACGACGACUACGAGCACGGCCGCACUCCGGGACAGGAAGAGGAGGCCGUCGAGAUCGCCGACAUCGACGAGGCUCUCACCUUUGUCGUCGAGACUGUCCUCGAGCCGAUCCUGAAGCUGCCCGACGGGGCCGCGGCGCUCGAUGCUGAUCUGGUCGAGCUCGGGAUGGACUCGCUCGCGGCCGCCCGCAUCAAGAACCGGCUGCAGCAGGCUGGCAUGAGCGGAGCGCCGCUGCCUUCGAAUGUCGCCUUCAACUACCCGACGGCGCGCAAGCUGGCGCACUACAUCCUCAAGAGGAGGCAGGCGCUGUCCGGCGAUGACUCUCCGGAAGAGGCUGAUGGGGCGCGAGACAGGGAUCAGGCUGAAUUGCUGGAAGCCACGAGGCUGGCAGCCAACUAUAGCGCCCAGAUCCUUCCUCGACAAGCCACCGAUCCUGUGAUCGAGGCGAGCCGGCCCCCUGCCCUGGGCAGCGUCGUCGUGCUGACAGGAGCGACGGGAUCUCUCGGAGCGCAUCUGGUCCAUCAGCUCAGCCGGCGCCGUGGCGUGACCCGCAUCGUCUGCCUCAUCAGGGCCGCCUCGGACGCCGAAGCUCAGAGGCGACUCGACGACUCGCUCGCGCUGCGCAAGCUACCGUCGAUCGCCGCGCUCCGACAGCGAGGAGCCGAUGCCCAAAUCGAGUGCCUGGCUGCCGACCUCGCAAGGGAUCGACUGGGCCUGGCACGGGAAGCCUACGACGCCCUCGUCGCAUCGGCCGACACCGUGCUUCACGUCGGCUGGCCGGUCAACUUCAACAUGUCCCUGGGCUCGUUUGAGUCGAGCAUCAAGGGCGCGCUGAACCUGCUCAAUCUCGCCACGCAGAGCCGCGCCGGAAGCGGCCCGGCGCGCUACCUCUUUGCCAGCAGCAUCUCUGCGGCCAUGGGAGCCGAGACUGGCACCAUCCUCGAGGCCAUCUCGGACGACCCUCGAUGCGCCGUCCCGAUGGGGUAUGCCAGGUCAAAGUGGGUCGUCGAGCAGCUUUGCCGCCACGCCAGCGUCAGCGUCGGUGGUGGCUUCGAGGCCCUCGUGCUGCGCAUCGGCCAGCUGGUCGGCGACACGGUCCAAGGAGUGUGGAACGAGACCGAGGCUGUCCCACUGAUGGUACGCACGGCCAAGACGAUGGGCUGUCUGCCUGACCUUCGCGGCCAGCGCGUCUGCUGGAUCGGCGUCGACGUCGCAGCUCGUGUGAUCGCCAGGCUCGCCACGGCGGUCCCCGCAGCGCGCUCCGGACAGCAAGGCGAGCCGUCCUCGAGGGCGGAGCUCGUCCACGUGGUCAAUCCGGUCCCGACGCGCUACGACGACAUCUUCGCCGCGCUGGCCCGUCCCGAGAACCUCGGCGCCACCUUUGAGCUCGUCGCGCCAGAGGAGUGGGUGAAGCGGCUCGAGGCCACGUCGGUCGACCAGAGCGUCGAUGCCAACCCGACCCUGAAGCUGCUGGACCACUACCGGGCGAUGUGGGGCGCGUCUCGGACCAAGCGGAGCGGCGGCGAUGAAGCCUACGCCUUCCAGACCGACAACCUCGAGCGGCUGCUAACGGCCGCCGACUCACGUCGGGAUGGUGCGGAGGAGGCACGCCGCGACCUCGGCGGGGGCGGCGAGGACCAGGAGCCGGCUUUUGGGCCGGUCGACGAGCGACACGUUGCCAAGAUGGUGAGCGCGUGGAAGGAGCGCGGUUUCCUCUGA